UACCUGUGCUUUGUUGACAACUUGGGGUACAACCAAAGUUGUGUUGUGGAGCACGAAUUCGUUUCUUUUCUGGUUGUAAAAGAUAUUCUAUAGAUGGCAGAAACCAAUUUUGUUCCAUUGCUUUUCUUCUUCACGCUUCUCCCUCCCACUGCCGUCUCUUUCUUUUUUAAAAAUUAAGCUGUGAGUGUAUAGCAGUAGCUUCCACUUUUCCUGUUACCAGUUUUUUAUUAUUAUUGUCAGAAAUCCAGUGUGCCUUAAGCAGUGCCUAAGCAGUAGCUUUCGCUAUCAGUUUGCUUUUUUCUGGGCAAGAACCUUCCCUCAGCCAUACAACCUUAUCCCUUAACUCUGGGCAGCCUACUCCAGAAAUAUGCCUUUAAAACAAACAAACAAAUCAGGUGAUGGGGUGAGUGAAAGACUUCUUUAAUAAGUGGAUGGACAGUCUCAGGGUCUCAGCAUGGGUCCCCUAAUCCUUGCAGUGACCUAGCUGUAUUCAGUUCAGUCCAUUGCCUGAGGCUGUAGGAUUUAGAGGAAGAAUGUUAAUUUGAGGCCAGAAAGCUUGAUUUCUUUGUGUACAGUUUUAGUCACCUUGGGUAAUUCACUCUGCCUCAGUUUUUCUUAUCUGUGAAAUGGGGAUAAUAGCAGUUAUAUCUAGCUCACAGAAUCCGUGUCAGACUGACACUGUAAAUGGUAGCUGAACUUCUGGAUGCGUGUCUUUCUGAGAUGGGAUUCAGAAGUGCUUGAGGGGACUUUGGGAUCAUUGAAAGGCUAGUGAGGCGCACGGCUGUCACGCGGACAAGAAACGCGUUAAAAGGGUGAUGCGAGUCCAGCGCAGAUUCGAAGAUGUCUACGUGUCCUGAGGUUGGCAGCCUUGAGUGGCAGGGAAGAAAGCGAUGUCCCUCCAAAUUCAGACCUUGAAAGAAAAGAGAUCCUGUUUGCUGCGGGGAAUGGAUUGGAAAAGAGAAAGCAGUGUUAGAGCCCGUGGGAGAGUGUCGCAGAAGCUCAGGUCAGCUUCUAAGAAUCAGGCACUGAGGGAAGACGCUCCAGAGACUGUGAGGCCGGAGUGGUGAACGUCGUCGCAGCGUCCACCGGAGUCCUGGGAGACGCCUGGAGGGAGGGCACCAGAGAGAAAGAUGCGGGCCCGGAAUCUCGAGGACGAGGCAGAGCGCUUUCAAACCAGCGCGCCGGGCCAGCUGGAGCCUUGACUGACCUGGGAGUCUGGCCAGAAACCUGAGCGGGAAGGAAGGCCCCCCCUCCAGCAGCAUUGCUGGCUGCGCGGUGCUUGCCUUUCCUCAGUGCAGGCGGCUGUGGGGGAGACAGAGACACGGCCGGACAGGCCCAAGGCUGCCUUCUGCUCUACCCUGCAGUAGAAAGUCGGGCUCCAGGAGGAGCCGGCAUCGGGCACCCGACCUGCAGCUGCUUCUCUCAAACCCAGAUGCUCAUAGCAGCCCCGGCCCCUCCGUCCUUCCUGAGACAGGCUGGGCUGUGACCGUGCCUCGUGUCUCCGUCUGAGGGGCCGGUGGAGUGCAGCACCAUGGAGACAAGGCCCCUGGAAGGCAGGAAGGGGCCCGCGCCCAGGGAGCUGCCGCCGGCCGUGGGGCUGCUGCUGUCCAUGGCGCUCAUGAACGUCCUCCUCUACCUCUGCCUCGACCGGCUCGUCACCACGCCCCACGGCCCCGCGGCGCACCCCGGCCGCUGCCCGCCCGGCCACUUCAGUAUGGGGCAGGCGACCACCUGCUCCCCGUGGCUGUCCUGCGAGCAGCUGAGGACGGAAGUGAGGCCUCUGAAGCGCGUCGGGGAGGGAGCCGUGAAGACGGUGUUUCUGUCCGAGUGGAAGGAACGCAAGGUGGCCUUGUCACGGCUCACCAGGCCGGAGGUGAGAGACGACUUCCUGCACGGGCUGCGGAUGCUACAGGCACUGCAGAGCGAGCACGUGGUCACGCUGCUGGGCUACUGCGAGGAUGACGACACCAUUCUCACUGAGUACCACCCCUUGGGCUCCCUGGGCAACCUGGAGGCGACACUGAACCUCGCCAAGUACCACAGCCUGAACACGUGGCAGCACAGGCUGCAGCUGGCCCUGGGCUACGUGGCCAUCCUCGACUUCCUGCACCGCAGCCCCCUGGGCACGCUGGUCAUGUGCGACUCCAGUGACCUGCCCAAGACCCUGUCCCAGUACCUGCUGACCACCAACUUCAGCAUUGUGCUCAACGACCUGGACGCCCUGCCCCUGGUGAACCACAGCUCCGGGGCCCUGGUGAAGUGUGGCCACCGGGAGCUCCAUGGGGACUUCGUGGCCCCAGAGCAGCUGUGGCCCUUUGGAGAGGACGUGCCCUUCCAGGACGACCUCAUGCCUGCAUAUGACGAGAAGAGCGACAUCUGGAAGAUUCCUGACAUCUCCAGUUUCCUUCUGGGGCAUGUGGAAGGGAGCGACAUGGUCCGAUUCCACCUGUUUGACAUUCACAAGGCAUGUAAGAGCCAGGUGCCUGCAGAGAGACCCACCGCUCAGGCCGUCCUGGACACUUACCAGAAGGUUCUGAAUCUACUCAGAGACACCGUGACGUCUCAGUCAAGAGAGAUGCUGUGAAAGCCCGUGUGGCCGCUGACAGAUGCGAGUCAGGGAACAGCUGGAAGAGUUGCACCGGUUUUCCCUGAUGGAAGGUGUUGGCAGUUCUGCCCCAGGUUGUUCUUCUCCUGACCGCCUGGAGGGAGUUGCUAAGCAGGAGUACACGGGCUUGCCGUGAGCCUGGCUGCAAGCGAAGGUGGAGACAAGCAGUGAGUCUGACCAGUAUCUGAAGGAAGUAACAAAAAUGCAGCUACAAAGAGGAGUCCCUAACAGCUGAAUCUGUAGGCUUAUAAGAAAUAUGCAUGGAGAAGUUUUUAAGUGGCAGUGUGGGGAAGAGACAAGAGUAGUUCUCGCUUUGUUGGGUGAGUAUCUGCAGUGUGCUUCACGGUACCAAGGAGACGUCACUGUGUUUCAGGUGACUGCUCAGGGACACACCUGUGUCAUCCACGCCCCAGCGAGCUAGCAUGCAUGCUCUCUGAAACCUUGAGUGGAUAAGGAACAUUGAAAAUAUCACGUAUGACGGAAAUCCCAUCUGUGUUACUACUGCCUCGGAUGGUGCUUGUGAAGUUCCCCUUUACCUUCCAGCUGGAUAUUUAUUCUGUGCUCAACAUUAAUUAUCGUGAACAUUUUACACCAACAAUGUCUGUCACUCACUCAUUAUUGGAAGGCGUUGAAGACCUUCCACUUGAGUUGCAUGAUUGAAUCCUUCAGAAAGCU